AUGGGAUCUCCUACGAGGCCUCAGGGGUCGCAGCAACUUCCCUUGGGUGGUAGGUGGAGAUUUAACGAAGUUCUCUCAUGCACGGGAAAAAAGGGUGGCUUGCCAAAAUUCGCCUAUCAACUAGCAUCGUUUCGCGAGGCUUUGACGGACUGCUCUCUCUCGGAUUUGGGGUUCACUGGCCCCCUAUUUACUUGGUCUAACCGUCGGAUUCCUCCAAAUACGGUGAGAAGUAGACUUGAUCAGGCUUGUGGGGACGGCAAUUGGAGAGACCUUUUCCCGAGUGCUCGUGUGGAACAUCCGGAGCUUGCAGGAUCGAACCACCUACCAAUCCUACUGCGUUUGCAUGUUAAUGACCACCAUACGCUGCAAAGGGGUCGCCGACCCUUUCUCUUUGAGGCUAUGUGGCUUCGUCGGGAUGAGUGCAAGGGGAUUGUCCAAAAUCACUGGUCGGAUGAGCAAAUUUUGAACCCAAUUGAGGACAUGCUCGACAAGACGGACAGUUGCAAACUUUCUCUCUUAAGUUGGAGUAGGUCAGAUGCUACGAAUCCUAAAAAGCAGAUUGCCAAAAUUCAUAAACGAUUAGCUCAGAUUACGAUGAGCGAGGUGUCUGAGGCAGAGGCGAGUGAGGCUAUCUUAUUGAAGAAUGAACUGGAGAAAUUAUACGGAUAUUGGGAUAUCUAUUGGCGUCAGAGGAGCAGGGUCCGAGAAGGGGACCGAAAUACGGGUUUCUUUCAUGCUAAAACAUCCAAUAGGAGGAAGAGCAACUGGGUUCAUAAAAUCAAAGAUGAUCGGGGCAUUUGGCGAGAGAAAAAAGAGAAUAUUGAGCAUGUGAUCAGUGGUUAUUUCUCCUCAAUCUUUCAGACCAGCCACCUAGACGAGAGAGUGAUGGAGAGAGUACUGGAGCACAUCGAACCGAGGGUGUCAUGCCAGGCUAGAAAAUUUCUUUCCCUACCUUUCACAGCGGACGAGGUAACUCGUGCUAUAUCUCAAAUGUCUCCCUCAAAAUCUCCCGGUCCCGAUGGUUUUCUAGUGUUGUUUUACACUAAGUAUUGGAAGAUUCUUGGUGACUCUGUUCUUAAAUGCGUGUUAGAUUUUUUAAAUAACCGUCGGCUUCCGAGCAAACUCAACUUCACAUUUAUUGUUCUCAUCCCGAAAGUGGUAAAUCCAGAGAAAAUUACUGAAUAUCGUCCGAUUAGUCUGUGCAAUGUUAUAUAUAAAUUCGGAUCUAAAGUCAUUGCCAAUCGGAUGAAAACCCUACUUAAUGAUGUCAUUUCUCUAAACCAAUCCGCUUUUGUUCCUAAACGUCUGAUCACAGAUAAUAUCUGGCUCAUCAAAUGGCGUUUUUUAGCUUUCUUCAGGAUUUGGCCCGAACUGUUCGGCAGUCCCAUGCGUUACGCACCCGUUCGCCACUGUGUUCUCAACUCUUCUCACCUCCUGGGUGGUGGAGAGCAUGAGAAAUAUUUGGGCAUGCCAGUUACGAUGGGAAAAUCUCGUAAAGACAUUUUCCGAUUUCUUCAGGACAGGGUUUGGACUCGCAUUGGCGGUUGGAGCGAGAAACUUCUUUCGAGGGCGGGGAAAGAAGUGUUGAUCAAAGCAGUACUUCAAGCAAUUCCCUCACAUAUUAUGACAUGCUUCUCUCUCCCACAGGGAUUGGUAGAUGAGAUCGAAACGGCUAUUCGGAAGUCCUGGUGGGGAAGUGGUCGCUCGAGAUCUAUGGCUUGGACUUCGUGGCAGCACCUUUGUAAGUCCAAAGAAUUCGGGGGAAUGGGCUUCAAAGAUCUCCGAAGCUUCAACAUAGCCAUGUUGGCAAAACAACUGUAA